AUGGCAUCAAAGUUCGGGAUUUCUCUAUUAUCUCUCUUCUCCAUGUUCUUCGCUGCACUGUCAAAUAACCUAACCCUAAUCCCCGAGCAAAUAACCUUCGGACAUCCACUUUGCAGGUCCCAAAUUGCGUUGGUGAACUUCGCGUGCGCAAUGGUGCCUAUACUUCCGCCGGAAGAUGAACAUGAGGAUAUUGGAUCGCACCGGCACAGGCACCGGCAUAGGCACAAGCAUAAGCAUGGGAUUCGUGAGACACCCGAACAACGCUACUGUUGUGAAUGGCUGAAGCAGAUUGACUCUUUGUGUGUGUGUGAGAUUCUGGUUCAUUUGCCGCCUUUCCUUUGGAAGCCUAAUCAUAAGUAUACCGUCGUUGUCGACGAAAAAUGCAGCGUUACCUACUUAUGCGAAGGUCGAUGGCGAAUAUGA